AUGGCUAAUGACCUUCAUCAGCUAAAGCUUGCUGUUGACAACAACAAGGAUCAGCUGACCUCAGUGACCAAGACCCUGAAGAAGUUGUCGGUCAUCGACUCUCUCAGUAAGAGUGUUGCUGCCAUCAAAUGUACCAUCAACCUCAUCCUCAACAACAGUUCAGAUGCAGGAGACUGUUGUCCUGUGGGUUGGACUGGGUUUGAGUCCAGCUGUUACUUUUUCAGCAAUGAGUCUCAGUCCUGGAACGAGUCCAGAGACUGGUGUGAAACACAGCAAGCCCAUUUGAUCAUUCUCCAAACUGACAAGCAGUGGGACUUUGUGAUCAAUCAAACAAUCCCUCAGUAUUUCUGGGUCGGUUUGUCUGACUGGAGAACUGGGAGUUGGGAGUGGGUGGAUCAGACACUGUACACUGUGGAGCCCAGGCGGUGGAAACCUGGGCAGCCCGACAACUGGGCUCAUCAUGGUCAUGGGCCUGGGAAUGAAGACUGUGCUCACCUUCACAAUGAUGGACGCCUGAACGACCAGCACUGCUCCAUCAAAGAACGCUUCAUCUGUCAGAAAGACAACCUGAGAGUCUGAACACACCUGCAGGCCUGACUCCGCCCACUUCAGAUUAUAAGGAACCUCUCCAAUUAAAGCACUGGAUAGAAAAACAAUUAAUAAAUACAACAUAGCCUAUUUAGAAACG